GUUUUGAGAAACAAAGAGUGAUGCUUACUGUUCACUAGGUAGUCGCUCUUUGCUUUCUUAUCUCUGCUUGUUACGCUUUAUCAUUUGACACAGGACCUCCUUUUGACAAAUUACGAGUGACAAAAUCAUCCCGUUUAUUGUUUUCGCUCACGAUCGCAACACAAAGGAGCCAUUCGUUGUAGAUGUAAAACGGUGUCUUUCUAGUGUCUCUGUGUUGUCGCAAGCACGAUCCAGCAUGACCCGACAGUCCGGCCCUUAGUAAAAAAAGUAUGGGAGGGCUGACACCUUGUUUCCAGGAACGAGUGUCGGAAAUAUCACACGUGGACGACCCUUCAAAUUCCGUCCCCAAAAGUUCUGAUGCGCGCUUUCGAAGAAGAGCUAAGACGAAGCGUAGCUGCACGGGGAAAUACUAACCACACCGGCCUCGAUCAACUGCUUCUGUGGGUGCUUCUCGGGCCGUUUCUAGUCGUAUCAAAUGUAAAAAUGUCCGGGUCUGGAAAUUUGUGAUGCUGGGUGGCGUAUCACGAGGAGGCCGCAAGAGCUGGCCCAGCGUGACAAGUUUUUGAGCUUCUAGGUGUUGCCUAUUCUGCAUGACAAACUGCGUUUCUGCAUGACAGAAAAGGGGGGCUCUUGGGUAACAGGCAUGGCAGAUUUGAGAGUCAUGCUAGACAAGCAUGAGCAUGGCAAACAUACAUUCUUCCAGACCCAGACAUGUUUGCAGUUGAUAACUCGUCUACUUUUUGCUCAAAGCGCUUUUCGUCGGUGCGGUACAGACGUUUGCAGAAGGAGUGCAGAAUUCCUUGUACAACCAGGAAGUACUACAGUUCAAUACAACGGUGAGGAACGGUGUUUUUUGCUGUUGCAUCGGCAUAAACUGCUGCUGCCAAUGCUCGAUUUUGGUGCUAGCGGGGCGGUUGGUGUAUUUCUUGGUGUGCUGGAUCGCUUUGCCGGCAGGGACAGCGGUGUUGGUUCAUUUGAAAGAACAAGAGCUGCUGCUGUACAACUAGAGGCAAAAAAUAUAAUCGCAACUACGAGGAAAAAAACUCGUCACAACGAAUCUAUUGACGAUUAUUCGUACCUGCUUCCCCGUUCGAAAAAAGCCGA